CGAGGGCCACUGUCCAGAAGCUCAUCCAAGAGAUGCUACCAAGUGACAUCUCGUGCGCGAGAGACACGCGAGAUCUCCUCAUCGAGUGUUGCGUAGAGUUCAUCCAUCUCGUCUCUUCGGAAGCGAACGACGUGUGCGAGAAAGGUUCGAAGAAGACAAUUGCGCCGGAGCACGUCGUGGCCGCACUCAAGGACCUUGGCUUCGAAAAGUAUACAACGGAGGUAGAGGAGGUGUUGAAGGAGCACAAGACGCAACAGAAGGACAGAGAAAAGAAGACGUCACGGAUGCAGGAUUCUGGUCUAAGUGCAGAGGAGCUCCAACGGCAACAGGAGAUGCUCUUUGCGGCCAGCCGAGCCCGCUUCGAGGCAAGCAAUUGACCAGGAAAGUCCCCUUUACGUUCCUUCCAUGUGGCUAUCUCUCUCCUUCCCUGUCUCUCUUUUGUUUCUCUGGCUCUGUAGUUCUUUACCCACCUGCGACUCGAAAUUGUACUCUUUUUAGUAGAUC